CAAUAGUGAAUGGCAGUGGUUUAAGUGCGUCGCGCGAACCGAGUUCAGAAAUAAACGAAGAAAAACUUUGGGAUUUAAAGGACUGCAGGUUUGACCCUUAGCACUACAGCAAGAUGAUCCUCCCUGGAUAUAAUCUCAUCUGAAAGAAACUAUAUAGGUAGAAAAUACUUUUAUUACAAGCAUCCAAAUGAGAGUUCUGAAGCAACUGGAGACAACAAUGAGGCUUUUGGACCGUCCCAUCAGCCCGGCGGUGCGCAGGGUAGAAAUGGAGCGUGGCAGAGCUGGCUAUGGAUUCACCAUUGCCGGCCAAGCACCUUGUGUUCUCAGAGGAAUAAUAAAAGGGAGUCCGGCAUACAGUGUAGGACUACUACCUGGGGAUCGUGUCUUGCGUGUAAAUGAUACAGAUGUGUCUGAAGCAUCACAUGAUGUUGUGGUAAAGUUGAUCGGUACUUCAUCAAAGUCACUGUGUUUGCUGGUCACAUCAGGGGAUCGGCCACCCAUGGCCUGCUGCUCCAGUGAUGAGGAACUGGGUUGUCAGAAUAAGAGUAAACUGCCAUGGCUCAAUCCUGGAAAACAGGACCCUUUCCCGGCUAAACUUGAUGGCAGGGAUUUGAGGGAACCAAUGCUUCAGUCGGUUGGAAGUUUUGAUACCGUCUUUGAGAUCUCAGAUCAGGGAACCAUGACCCCACAUCAGGAGAAGCAGAAAAAACAAAGACCUUUGUCCGAACCAGAUAUGUCUUACUGGUUGCAGCAGCAGCAGAGAUCCAAAGGCCAUGGCGAUAUUCUUUCACAGGAUGAAACAUCUCGAGUUGUGAGUGAGGAUUCUGUGUUUUCAGACCUUCAGAGUCAAAAUGACUUUGCAUCUGACUCCAGCAUCCUGAACGUUGCAAUGAUUGUCGGAUACAUUAAUUCCAUGGAACUAGAGCUAGUAACGUCACAACCCGAGGAGGAUGCAUUGCAGGUCAUCCGGCAAUGCAUUAGUAAGAUUGGUAUUGAGCAGAAAACCCAUUCGCUGGUCUUAAUGAGGGUCAAAUGCAACUGUGUUCAGCUUUGCGAUGACCGAGAUGUUGUUCUCGCAUCUUACCCAGCAGAGAACCUGGCUCUUUGCGUCGUUUGCACAGAAGACAACAGGUUUUUCGGCCUUGUCUCAGUUGAUUCAACCAAAAAUAUGGACACCGGGAGGCAGACAAGUACCCUGAAGACAUUAUGUCAUGUCUUUUUCAUAGACCCAGAGCUUUAUGAACACAAGGAGCACCAAAGCAUCAUCGGACACUUUGGGAUUCCCUGCACCCCAGAUCCAGACACUCAAAGCUGUUUGGAGUUUCCUCAAACUCCUCACUCCAUUUCACACUUCAUAUCUGUCCUCUAUGCGGACAUGGGAGAUUACAUUGAAAAACUAAGACUUAAACUUGACAGCGAGAAUCCUGAUGAAGGAUCCCAAAAUGCAAGGAACAGCGGCAGCGGCAGUGACAGCGGGAUUGGAAAUGCUUCACCAGAGGAUAGAGAUAGUCUCAUUGGUCAGUGGAGCUUCACAUCUCCAAAUAUUUGCAAUCCACCACCGCCAUAUUAUUCCCAGCACAGGAAUAGUACAUUACUCAAACCAGAGUGUAGAUGCCUUCUUUCUGAGCCACUAACAGGAUCUGCUCAACCUGCGACUCCAUCAGGUGUCUCAGCCGGGGCGGACGGUUCAGCGUUUACUCCUCUUCCUCUCAGUAAGCAAUCUAACUUGCCUCCAAAACAUAGAGCCGGUCAACGAAGACCUUCUAUUGGCUUAAAGGCUCGCUGGCAGAAAUCUCGCCCCAACAGCAUUGAAUGCUUGGUGGAAGGGGACAGCGAUGAUCCCAAAAGUAAAUGCAGUACCCUUCCUCCUGCAAUGGAACAAAUCCCUACUCUGAGAUACAAACCUUUAGAGCAUACUCAGAGAAUAAACUUCACCCCACAGCUUGAGCUGACAUCCAGGUUCUUCAGCAGUGCAGCUAAGCACAAGGAUGGAGAAAACAAGGGAUCUUUAUUUUGGGCUCUCACAAGGGGACGCUCUUCUGUUCGAAGACCGUCAGGUCCCGCUAAACGACUCAGUCUGGCUCAUUCACUUAAUGACCUUGAGUCAGCUGCAUCAGACGGAGAGCGCAGUGGUGGUGGUGUCCAGCGUCAUGACUGCGGCAGUGUGAGCAGUUUGGACAGUAACGGUAGUCUGCCCAGCGUCACCAACCAUUGUCGUUUCACUGAACGCCGCGUUGCAUUAUGGGCAGUCAGCUUCGAGCGAUUGCUCCAGGAUGCUGUGGGUGUCCGCUAUUUUUCUGAGUUUCUAAAGAAGGAGUUUAGCGAGGAAAACAUCUUAUUCUGGCAGGCCUGUGAAUGCUUUAGCCAAGUUCCAGAACAUGACAAAAAGCAGCUGUCCCAGAAGGCCAAAGAGAUCUACAACCGUUUCCUUUCAAGUAAAGCCACGAUGCCAGUGAACAUUGACAGUCAAGCUCAACUUGCAGAUGACGUCCUGACAGCUCCACAGCCUAACAUGUUCAAACAGCCACAGCUACAGAUCUUCAACCUGAUGAAGAUGGACAGUUAUGCGCGCUUCUUGAAGUCCACUCUCUAUCAGGAGUGUAUGCUGGCAGAGGUGGAGGGUCGACCUCUGCCUGACCCCUGUCCCAUCCCGUGCAGCCCUGCUCCGUCCAAACACAGCUAUACCUCUGACCGCUCCACAUUCUCCACUCCUAAAAAGGAAAAUAGGAAGCCCAAAACAGGCAGGUCAAGCGAUGAUCUUCGAGAGAAACACUCUGAUAAGAAAAACGGCUUCUUUUCCUGGUACAGAUAUCCAAGUAUUGGGAAAGGACAGAAGAAAAGAGAGGCCCCAGAUUUACCCUACCACUGUAAUGGGCGGAGAGAGUCUCAAGGUUCUCUGUCUUCUGGUGCGAGUCAAGAGCUCAACACUUCCUGUUCAGGAGGAAAGAAUGAGCAGUGUGAGCUAAGAGGUUCGAGUUGUGCUUUGGACAAGGAGCGAGAGCGCUGCAGCAGGACGUGUACAGUAACACUACCCGACGGCUCCAACUGCUCUAUUCCUCUCCGACAGGGAGCCUCCAUCAGACAAGUGCUGCUAGAGCUCUGCCAAAAACAACACAUCAACCUGGCUGCUGUCGACCUCUUCCUCACCGGAGGAGAGAAGCCUUUGGUGUUGGAUCAAGAUAGUAUUACUCUCAGCUCCAGAGAACUUCGUCUUGAGAAGCGCACUUUAUUCAGAUUGGACCUGGUACCCAUUAACAGAUCGGUUGGGUUGAAAGCGAAGCCCACAAAACCUGUGACUGAGGUUCUACGGCCUGUGGUUGCCAAGUAUGGACUCCAGCUUGGCGAUUUGAUGGCCAGAAUAAGUGGCGAGACAGAGGUUCUUGAUCUUGGAGUGCCCAUAUCAAACCUUGAUGGCCUGCGAGUUGUCCUGGAGAGGGCAGAUCCAGCCAAAGCAGACAAGUCUAAAACACUCAACUCCAAAACACCAGCUGCCAAGAAAGGCUUUCCAAGAGAGAGAGACGAUAACUCGACAGUGAAACCAUUGAAAGCAGAUGUUGAAGACAAGCAUCCCAGCACAGCGGCGUCUGAGAGGAAGAAAGGCAAAAAGAAUCAUAUAGAUGAAACUGAAGAGUUUUUCGAGUUGUUGAGUCGUGCUCAGAGCAGUCGUGUUGACGACCAGAGAGGCCUGCUGAGAAAAGAAGAUCUUGUCCUUCCCGACUUCCUCCGAGUAAACCCUGAUCCCAAACCUCAAUCUCCUCCGUCCUGCUCAACCCCGACCUCUCAUAAACCCGGCCACACCACUACCACUUCCACAAACCCCCAUCCCCCUAAACCCAGCCCCUGCAACGGACACCCGGCCUCAGCGCCGUUCAGCGCACCGCUCUCCCCCAUCCUGCGCUCCGCUGGUGCCCGCGAGCAGGAGGAGGAAGGCCUAGGGGAUCUGACUCUGGUGGCGGAGGGUGACAUCAGCAGCCCAAACUCCACACUGCUCCCGCCUCCACUGCCCGCAUCACCACCACCUUAUGAUGGCAGUCUAGCAGAGGCCAACUUCACUCCUCCACCGGCUGUUCACGGCACAGGUACAGAAGAAGAAAACACGAGCACUUCAGCGGUAAACAGCCUGAGCUCAACAGCGCAGCCGAACUCGCAUGUGCGGGACAAGGGUGUCACUCUGGAGGACAGUUUUGAAGGAUACGCAGCUGAACUUCGCCAGUGCCAGAACAAAAUGAGAAAUGGCGUUUACCCCUCCACAGAAGCCCCCCGUCCCCUCAGCGGCGUGCUGGAAGUCAACGAGAGCGACACUGUGCAAUACAAAGCAACGUUUGUCUGAAAGAAGAAGAAGCUGCUUUCAAAAAGACUGAUGAUGACACGGAGCCAAAAUGUGUAUGUGGAACAUAUUGUAUAUGUUAAUAAUGGAAACCUGAGAUCCAAUAUUUUGUACGUUUUGAACUUUUUGUAUUUAAUGAUGAAAAACGAAAACUGUUCAGUGUUAGUUUGGGGUCUUAGUGCUCAUCGGAAUCGCUGGGACUGCUUUGGACUCAUGCUAGGAUGUAAAACGCAGAUGUUUGUCUGUAGUUAUAGUGCACUAGUUCAUAGUUCACAUUCAUUCCGUUUGAUUUUUUGCUUUUGCACUGUGAUGUUUAGAAGUAUGUGCAAACAUCUAAUCUUGUGUUGAACAGAUUCAGCUCUAAAAGCCACAAAAUGAAUUGAUCAUUAUUAAAAAAUGGUUAAAAUCUA